AUGGCGUUUGAUGCGGCCAUCGCUGAUGGGGUCGAUGUCAUCUCCGUCUCGCUCGGCGGCUCCAAGCCCAAGCCGAAAGAGUUCUACACAGAUGGCAUCGCCGUCGGCAAAGCCAAGAUACCGCUAGUGUACGGUGAGGACGUGGGCUCGCACGUCUGCGAAGCCGGCAGGUUCAAUGCUAGGUUGGUCGCCGGGAAGAUUGUGGUGUGCGACCCCGGCGUGAAUGGCCGGGCAGCGAAAGGCGAGGCCGUCAAACUCGCCGGUGGCGCCGGAGCAAUCCUCGUGAGCGACGAAGCGUUUGGCGAGCAGGCCCUGACUACCGCCCACAUCCUCCCUGCAACAGCCGUUAAGUUUGCCGACGCCGAGAGCGUCAAGAAGUACAUCAGAAUGACUGCAUCCCCUGUUGCAACGAUUGAGUUCCAUGGCACCGUCGUCGCCCGGACGCUUUCGUCACCAAGAAUGGAGUCCUUCUCGAGCUGGGGGGCGAAGCUCCUGGCGCCCGAGAUCCUCAAGCCGGACGCGACCGCCCCUGGUGUCGACAUCCUAGCCGCGUGGACUGGCGAGAACUCGCCGUCGCAGCUCGACAGCGACCCGAGGCGGGUGAAGUACAACAUCAUCUCUGGCACGUCCAUGUCGUGCCCGCACGUGAGCGGCAUCGCCGCGCUGCUCCGGCAGACGCGACCGGACUGGAGCCCCGCCGCGAUGAAGUCCGCGCUGAUGACCACCGCGUACAACGUCGACAGCGCCGGGGACAUCAUCAAGGACAUGUCCACCGGCAAGGCAUCGACGCCGUUCGUGCGCGGGGCCGGCCACGACGCCGGUGCCGACGACUACUUCUCCUUCCUGUGCGCGAUCGGUUACACCGCCGAGCAGAUCGCCGUGUUUAGGACGAAAGACGACCCAGUGGUGGACUGUUUGACGCGCACGGCCUCCGUCGGCGACCACAACUAUCCCGCCUUCUCCGCGGUACUCAACUCCACCAGGGACGCCGUCACGCAGCGCCGCGUCGUGCGCAACGUCGGGAGCAGGGCCAGGGCCAGCGUCACCAGCCCGGCCGGCGUGCGCGUGACGGUGAACCCACGGAAGCUACGGUUCAGCGCGACGCAGAAGACGCAGGCGUACGAGAUCACCUUCGCGGCGCAAGGCGUGGGUAGCGUGACCGAAAAGUACACGUUCGGGUCCAUCGUGUGGAGCGACGGCGAGCAUAAGGUGACCAGCCCCAUCGCCAUCACCUGGCCAGCGACGGCGAGCCAAGUGGCGGUGAUGUGA